UCCUGAAUAAAAGGCCAAAAACUAAAGCAGAUUCCAGUAUAUCCUUCUCUGAUGCAAGUCUUCCAAAGUGCCUUUGUCCUUGUUCAUGGCAAGUUUUCCGUUAUCCUUUAUCAGUAGUUUACCGCUGAUCUCUGAUUGUGUUAUGAUAGAUGAGUAUAUGUUUAGCUGAAAAGUUACAGUACGGAUGUAUUAAUCAGGUAUUGAUACUAUGUUCUUCCCCUCCCCCUUCAUUCUAUUUCAGUGUUGUCCCUUGAUCCAGUGAUUGGAGCUAUUGCUGCUGGUAAUGCUGUAGUUCUGAAACCAUCAGAAAUAGCCCCAGCUACAUCUUCAGUGCUCGCAAAACUUUUAGGGGAGUAUAUGGAUGUCACUGCUAUAAGAGUUGUAGAAGGCGCAGUACCCGAGACAACUGCAUUACUAGAGCAAAAAUGGGAUAAGAUAUUUUAUACAGGAAAUGGAAAAGUUGGACGGAUUGUGAUGGCGGCUGCGGCAAAGCACUUGACACCUGUGGUUUUGGAGCUAGGUGGAAAAUCUCCAGUUAUUGUGGAUUCAAACAUCAAUUUGAAGGUUGCAGUAAGGCGUAUUAUUGCUGGCAAGUGGGGCUGCAACAACGGACAAGCGUGUAUCUCUCCUGAUUAUAUAAUUACUACCAAAGAGAAUGCGCCAAAACUGCUAGAUGCCAUGAAACUUGAAUUGGAGAAAUUCUAUGGGAAGGAUCCACUAAAAUCAGGCGAUCUGUCUCGCAUUGUGAAUGCUAACCACUUUCAUCGACUAUCAAAGUUAUUGGAUGAUAAUAAGGUUGUCGAUAAGGUAGUUCAUGGAGGUCAGAGAGAUGAAAAUAACUUAAAGAUCGCUCCUACAAUUCUUCUGGAUGUCCCAGAAGAUUCUUUAAUCAUGAAGGAGGAAAUAUUUGGCCCUCUACUUCUUAUUCUCACGGUCAAUAAAGUGGAGGAAUCUAUACAAUUCAUUAAUGCCAGAGAAAAGCCACUCGCAGCAUAUCUGUUCACAGGCGACAAGAAACUGGAGGAGGAAUUCGUCAGGAAUAUAUCAGCAGGGGGUCUGCUGAUCAAUGACACCACUUUACAUAUUGCUACUUCCACUCUUCCAUUCGGAGGAGUUGGGGAAAGUGGAAUGGGUUCAUACCACGGUAGAUUCUCGUUUGAAGCUUUCAGCCACAAGAAGGCUGUUCUGCGUCGCAGUUUUGGUGGGGAUGUACCUGCAAGAUACCCGCCUUAUACACCUGAGAAGGUGCGAUUUCUCAAAGCCCUGUUAAAUGGAGAUAUACUCGGGCUGAUUCGUGCAUUACUUGGGUGGUAAAAGUUCACUCAAUUUCAGAUAACCCCAUGAAUUUUUAAGCUAGGAUUUCUGGUCCGAGCUUGCUACUAUACUUGUAAGCUUUCCAUUCAUUGGGGAUUAUCCUAGAAGUAGGUGAUCACAGUAUUUCCACCCUCCAGGCGUAAUUUACCUUCACAUUUCAAGUCACUCUCUUAUUAAUGCAUCUCGGGAGAAUACUACAUAAUUAUUUUUUCUCGCAUAAAUGUUAACAUUGUUAAAUUAUUCAUAAUAAUAGAAUUUUACAUCUCAAAUUCCAUUA